AUGCAGCCCCUUGCAGCGCUGGCGAUCAUGAUGACGGCCUCCGUCUCGGCCCAGUAUUACGCGGGCGAAGGCACGACGUAUGGCCCGCCCGACGGCGGCGACAGCUCGACGACCGGCAACUGUGCGCUCAUGCAGCCGCUCGACUUUGCCAAGAAGUUCCACGUCGCCCUCAACAACUUCCAGUGGAGCACCGGCGCCCACUGCGGCCGCUGCGUCCAGGUCCAGUGCACCGACCCCAAGUGCACGCGCAACGACGUCGUGCUCGGUCAGAUCACGGAUCGGUGCCCCGAGUGCGCGUACGGCGACCUCGAUAUGUCACUGCCCAUGUUCAACAAGAUCACGGGUCUCACGACGGACCGGCCAAAGAUCAAGUGGAACUUUGUCGACUGCCCCGUCGCCGGUGGCCUCCACGUGUGCGCCAAGAGCGGCAGCUCCAAGUACUGGUUGUACGUGCAGCCAGGCAACUCGAAGAGCGGCGUCAAGAGCAUGAGCAUCAACGGCAAGGACGCGCCGUCGUUUGCGGACGCGUACUACUUCAAGUCGCAGUCGCUGGGCGUGGACCUGAGCGAGACAGAGAUCACGAUGACGUCGUACUCUGGUGACACGAUCACGACGAAGGUGUCUUUGGAGGCGGACAAGUGCACGCAAAUCUCUCAGCAGUUUGGCGGCGGCUCGUAUCCUGUGCCGCCCGCGCCGCAGCCGCAGCCGUCGCCUGCACCUCAGCCGUCACCUUCGCCUGCUCCGCUGACCCCUGCGCCGACGCCCGCGCCGACUCCAGCCCUACGCCUGCUCCAUGCCCCCACGCCUGCACCGACACCGGCUCCCACGCCUGCUCCCACGCCGGCUCCGACGCCCGCGCCGACUCCCGCGCCUACUGAUGCUCCGACACAAGCACCUACACCUGCGCCGACCCCGGUUCCCACUGAAGCACCGACGACGCAGCCAGCGACGACGUCUACGCCGGUGACGGAAGCCGCUACUAUGGCCCCCACCACUUCGGAGCCGACGACUGAGACGCCACUGUCGACCACGGCGACCGUUCCGACGACGUCGGACGUGGUUCCGUCGCCUACCGGUGCCGCUCAAGAACCGACGGCCGCGCCGGUGGCGGGUGCUGCAGUCCCUGCGGGCUCGCCAUCGUCGGGGCCCGUCGUGAGCAUCAAGAACUCGGCCGAAUCUGGCGCCAGCACGGCCAGCUACGUUGGUUACGGCCUUAUGGGCUGCGUCUUCAUCGCUGGCGUCGUCUUUGCCGUCGUCGUCAUGAAGGCCCGGCGCAAGAUCGUCGAGGACAAGGAGAACGACCGGCUUUCUCUGAGCAUCCCGGUGAUCGGGCAUCGUCCAUCGGAAGCCAACAUUGCGAUUCUGUAAUCGCACCGAACGAGACCUCGAUUCCACACCCCACCCACUAUGUAUUAAGCGCUUGGCGCCUUAUCUAACCGUUCGAUUGAAUUGCGAAUUGCAUCGUUCCACUGC